AUGGGAGAUACACUCGCCGACAAGAACCAAGAAUAUUGGAAUCAUGCCUCUGGGCAUGUUUUCAAGGACCAAUGGGUGCACGAUCUUCAGAAGCAGAUUUUCAGCUUUCUGACGGGUAAUGUGGACUGGAUAGGCAUUCAGCCUCCUAGCAGCGACAAUACUCGGCAGACGAAAUUGAUGGAUUAUGCCUGCGGAAAUGGCAUUGUUUCACGCUCGCUACAUCAUCUUUUUUCCAAAUGCAUCGGCGUCGACCUGUCAGAUGGAAUGCUGGACAAAUAUCGUGCAACCGCAGCGGAACUAGGGCUUGACAAGUCGCGCAUGUCGGCCAUUCAGGGUAACCUCUUGUCUCCCAUAGUUACACCAACUAGCCCUCCACUCAGCAAGGAAGAGCUGGGUGGUUUCGAUUUGGUAGCUAUUUGUAUGGCUUUGCACCAUGUCGAAGACAUCGCUUUGGCCACCAAACUUCUCGCCGAAAGACUGCGACCGGGCGGUGUGCUUCUAAUCAUCGACUGGGCGACGCGUGAUUUGUCGAAUGAGACUGAGCAGCAAGCCAGCGUGCAGACAACUUCCUUUUCGGAAGAUCAUGACAAUCACCACAUGCACGAGGUAGUUGACCCAAAACACCCCGCAGCGCAUACCAUCUCCCACCACAGCUUUUCGCAGGACCAGAUAUUCUCCCUCUUCGAACAAGCGGGCUGUGGAGAAUCGCAAUUUGUGCUAGCGGAUCGACUAUCACUCGUUCCUGCCGCUCCAAGUGGGCAGUUGCAACUGUUCUGGGCUCGUGCAACGAAACUGUAG